CAUGUAAGAAUGUAGGGAAAUAGUGUAAAUUGGACAAAAUUGUAAAAAUGACCGACACAACGAACCAAAUGCCCGCUAGCAGCCAACAUUCUCUCUCGCAAAAAGAGUUUGAUUCAACAACGAGUAUAAAGCUGAAGCAGUCUUCAGUUUUCAGCAGCUGCCGUAUUUGCCUGUCUUCUAUCUUCGAUCCUGCUUACUUGACGUGCGGCCACAAGUUCUGUGAGGGUUGUCUGGACCAGUACUGGCAAGUUCGGGACAAACCUAACUUCCUCAUCUGUCCGUUGUGCCGGGCGUUGGCUUACAAUGUGGAUUUUAUCAAGAAAGGCGACGACACGGAGCCAGAAGGAGAAUUCCGCAAAAACUUUGGCAUGUUACAAAACAUAGAAGAUUCAGAUCUCAACAAAUCCACAAUCCUGUGCUUCAAGAUUUCAAUGUUGAUACCAGUUUUAUACUACAUCGUGAAGUGGCUCAAAGUACCUGCCAUUGAAUUUGUCUCACUGCUGAGAUGUAAACUGUGGUAUAAAAUGUAAAAAUCUAGCAUGUGCCUUUCUGUUCUAUUGAGUGACAUUAACAUAAAUUAUAUUA